GUUACAAUCUUCAGUAGGCCGUGCAGGUAUAGCCGGCGAAUAUUUAUUCCACCUGUAGCGCUUCGCGAGAGAACACUUGACAAUCGCGGUCCGCGCUAUUCGACAGCCUGCUGGACCAGUCGACAGUCAGUAAGUCAGUGUCUCUAGAUGUUCGCGUCUUCCUGAGUUUUUCAGUGGGACAUUUCUUGUGAAUCGAUAGAGUUCUCUAGGUCAAGACUACUACUAGCUAGACAUUUUAUAGUUUUUGAUUUACCUACUAUUUGAAGUGAGUGCGCGAAUUUUGUGAAUCAAACUGAUCUUUAUAUAUUAUAAGGAUAUUUUUUCAUUGCUUGUUGAAAUUAUCGGUAAGAGAAUACGAAGAGUUCAAAGUUGAUUACUAACGAAAUUAAUAACGUAUUUAAAAUACCACGAUAUCAGCUCAUAUACAGAGGAGAAUAUUUUGAAGAUUUCUUAGUGUGCCAGUCAAUUAAUUCAUGAUUUAUGAGUGUACCAGUCAAUUCAUGAUAUUAACUAUGUAAAUAAAACAUGGGAACCAUAGACAGCGGGACAGAUACUCUCUUUUCCGAUGAGUCGCCAUGUGACUUGAUUCGAUCACCAAGUAUUUGUUCUGGAGAUGACAUCGAAGUCCAAAUGGAGGACACCCAGUCCAUUAAUAGCAGACUGGCACCUCCUAAUAUACAACCCUACAGCGGUGUCUUAGAAAAGGGAAAGGUUGUAAUUCGACCCAUCGCCUUCAAACCGUCAACUAUGACGAUGACUGGUUCGUCAAGGUUUGGAAUAACCGGAGAACGAUACGGAUCAACACCAAUACUCACCAGGCCUGGAUCGAGACUAACCUUGUACGGAAGUAGUAACGAUCUUCGACCGUCGAACAAUGUCAAUAACUACUCAUUAGAUAGAAAGCUGAGAUCGUCAUGUCCUUCGUCAACUUGUUCACCCCCGUUAGCGAUGAGCUCACUUUCUUCGUUGCCCCACAGUCAUAAACUCGUUAACUAUGACAGUUUAGAAAGUGUGAGGAAAUCUCCGAUGUCAAAUGCAGAUAGUUCUGGACCGAAUAAACUCUCCUACCGACUUAUAUCAGCUUCAAAUCACAGUAGUAUGAUGGAUUUGACGCCAUCCCCCUCAGAUUCUGGUAUAUCAGAACUGGAAGCAGCUCUUAGAGAUCGAGACUCAGAACUAGCUUAUCUCCGUCAAACAAUGGAACACAACGAACAAGUUAUUUUCAGAGUAUACCAAGAGAAAGAAAAAGUCUGGGAAAGAGAACUAAAAAGACUCAAAAGCGUUCAAGAUAGUAGGCUGAGGGUCAGUUCACAAAAAGUACUCAAACUAGAGCAGAUGUUAAUGAUGCAAACGUAUCAAAUGCAGCAAGAGAAAAAACGAUUUUGCGCCGAUAUUCAAAGGUCAAAUAUGCAGUGUGAUAGAUUACGACAAGAAGUUACAACUUUGAAAGGAAGGUUGGAGGAGACUGAAUGGGGUUUGUGUCAAAAGACUGGAGAAAUAUCAUUGCUCAAAAGUCAAUUAAAAGAGCUUCAGAUGGACCAAACUAGCAAAUGUCAAGAACUUAUCCAAUUUCGAACGGAGCAACGUGACCUAAGAAACAAACUAGAACAAAAAGAUGACGAAAUACAAACAUUGAAAUCACAAGCUAGUUGCAAAGAGGAGGAAAUCAAGCAACUCAAAGAAUUAAUCACGAAAGCAAAGUUAAUACCAUCACAUGAUUCGGAAAAAUCGGAAACAACCAAGGAAAAUAAAGAAGAAACUGAAAAACUUAAGGCGGAAAUUAGAGAAUUGAGGGAGGAACUAUCAGAGUUGAGUUUAAAAGAUUAUUCCCAUGUAGAACCGGGUCGAAAUAAAGGGAAUUACAUAACGGAGGACGGUAUAGAAGAGGUUGAAAUUCAAAAUAUAAACGGUUAUCAUCAAGAGGAUAACGAUAGUGAAUUAGAAAAACUGAGAGAAGAAUUGGCAGCUAAAAAUAAACAAUUUGAAAAUGAAAGAAUAACGUGGGUUCAAGAAAAGGAGAAGGUACUCAGAUAUCAACGACAACUUCAAAUGAACUAUGUGCAGAUGUUUAGAAGAACAAGAGCGCUAGAAGCCGAGAUUGAAAGUUUGACCGUUGAACUAGAAUUAGACAAAACAGGAUUAAAAUCGAAGUUAGAACUUUCGCAAACGAUAGAUUUAUGAUAAAAUUACUUAGAAGGUUACUUCUUUUUCUCGUGUAGAUAACAAGCUACAUUUUUGAGUUAAAAGUUAUGUACCUUCCGAGUAAUUUUUUCCACAAGCUUCAUUGUUAAUAUAUAUUAUAUGGUCGUAGAUGAAAUUAAUAAUACAACUAAAAAUUUAGAGAAAAAUAUUAGGCAAUAAAUUGAACAAAUUCACAUAUAUACCAGAUUUAGUGAUGAAUUUCAGUUUAUAGAGGGCACAUCGAGUAAUACAUAUCACCUAAAGAUCAAUCUACAUUCUUUCUUGAGAAGUGGACACAUCAUAUAUACUUUAUAAAUAAUGGACAAAAUUAUGUGUCUAUAUAUAUUUUUCUUUAUUUUAGGUCUCUUCUGUUUUAAAAUAACGUUUCGACUUUUCUUUAAGUCUAAAUAUUUGGAUUAAAACAUAAUUUCACAGCUGCAAGUUAUUUAAACAUGACAUCAUAAAAAACAAAACAAGAACAAAGUAGUUCUAGAAAAACAACACUGUAGAAGAAUUUAACGAGUCAGGUCGAUAUAAUAUACGGUACUGAACUAGUGACAUGGCAAUUUUAUUUUGGAUAUUAUUGUUUCCUCGUAGUAGAUCCUAGAUAUCUUUUUAUAAUUUUUUGAGUCAGUGUCUCAUUAUAGAGUAACAAUAAUGACAAAAUCCCUGAUGACGUACUUCAAAAAUCUUCAGAUUUUUGUCCGCCCCCCUUGUCCUCCAAUCGUAUUUCCUAUGUUUUCAAAGAAAAAACUCAAAUGUGAAUGCAGAAAAUGAAUUUUCAAUGACAUAUUCAUCCUUAUAUGAUCCAAUUUUUUAGUCAGCUACAACAACUUCAUAAUUUUCCUAAAAACAUAUUUUUUGAAUGACUUCCAAUCAUCUUUUCCAUACCACUUAUAUUUUCCCAGAGUAUACUCUUUUCGAAUAGGCCAUUAUGUAUAACGAUGCACUCUCGUUCUGCUGUCCAACAAAAAAAAUUAGAGUGAAUGUACCUUGUAAACCCAAUAACAAGCCGAUAACUUUGAAGUUGCUACUCAAUUUCCAUUGAUUUGAUUGAUUCAAAUUUUAUUAAUUUCAUUAACGUACACAUUAAGUUAUAGGUCUCAAUUCUCUUCACAAUUUGUCUCAAUUUCAUUGUGUAUCGAAGAAUCAAAUAAUAAGCGGCAUUCUGCUUUAUAAUAGUUUUGAUUUAUUACUUCAAAAAAUCCCAGGAUAUCAGUACAAUAACAGUAUUUCUCUCUCUUCGUGAAAAUUCCAAGUAAAACUAUUUAAAAAUAUUUUUAACUUCAAUAUCACUUUCAUUGAUAUCUUCUCAUAUAUAUUUUGUCUAAACUAGACCAGGACAAAUUGGUAGAUAGUAAAAAGAUUCAAGUCCGAGUUAUGUAUUAGUCUAGAGGGUUAAUGUAAUGUAAUUGAAAUAAAAUGUGACGUUGCUAUACAUAUUUUUAUAGGGGGGGAAAGGAGUCGACAGGUAUUAUAGUUUUACUAAGGUAGUCUGAUAAAUACUACUCUAUAAAAGAAAAACGAAAAUAUUGGAAAACUAGAGAUUUUUUUUUGAUAUAAUCACUGAUUUACAUGGCUCACUUCUGCUCCAGCUUCUUCAACCCGUCUAAAAAUGAUGUUUUGUUGAGGUAUGGAAAGUAUUCCUAAAUGAUUGAUCAAUCGACUUCCCGACGAGGGACUUUCUGAAUUUGGCACAUAUAUGACGAGUGAAUAGAGCAGUGAUAUGACCGUGAGGAGGUAGGUGUAAACCGAUACGUUAUUAUGGUGGAAGAGCACUUUUUUUUCAUAAAAUUCUUCAAAUACUACGAAAGCUUUAUGUUUCUCCACGUAAUCAAUGUAAAUUGCACCUUGUGAAUCCCCAACGAUAUGUCGCCUUUUUAGAGCACAGUUGCCAAUGCUUCGACUAUUUUCUGGUCUAUAGUGUCUACGAUUGGAUCAAUGUUUUAUCGAUAGUCACGAAAAAUUCCUUGGUACUGCGCUUAAACGGCGUCAAAUACUGCUAUGAAACGGCAACAAUCGCACCAAUAGCUUCCUCAGCUCAAAGUUUUAUUCAGGAUAUAACCCAUGCGAUCUCGUGCACCUUAUAUGAGAAUUCGGUAAUAAAAAUAAAAACUAGAGAGAACAGAAUAGAAAUUCUGCUGAAAUAUGAAGCUUAUUUAUUUUGAGCCUCACACUACAAUUUGGAAAAAAAUUCACAAAAAUGUAUGAAAACUUGUAACUUUGAUUGCCUGAUUUGAUAGCAUGAAUUGUAAUUAAUAAGUGAUACAAAAUCCACAUAUAGAUAAAGAAACAAACGACCAAAAUAUAUAAGUAUAUAAAAAGGUGAUCCCUUCUCUAGGAUAGAUAGAAAACUGAAAAAUAUUGGGGGUUUGCUUGGUGAAAAAAUUUCGUAACGCCUUCCGUAUUCAAGAUAAAGGGCGUUGAAGAAAAAGAAUUAUACACAAUUUUAAGAUUUUGCCAUAAAUACUGGCAACAUUGUAUUGAAAUUUUAUAUGAAUGAAUGAAUUUGUUUUUAUAUCUGACUCUCAAAGAGGACGCUAGUUACAUGGUUCGUACCAACUAUUAUUGAACCUAACUUGUUCAAUAUUAGAUUUAUUGAGCAAAAUUUCAAGUAAACUCAAACAUUAUUUAAUUUUACACCCAAAAGGUACUCUUGGUAAAACUCGAUACUGUGUACCGUUUUUAGAAUAUUGCGAUUUAAAAAUUAUGAAGUAAUAACCAAUGCUGGAAUAAAGUAUUGAUAAAGUUAUUAAUUAUUAUUAUUAAAUGAUAAGCGUUAUGUGAAUUGAAAAUUUUUUGUCACGUAAAUUCGACCCCAUCAAUAAAACGGAUACAUUAAACAAAUUGGGACUGAGGGCUUUCGUUUCUUGUAACGUUUCACAAAAAUCCAGUCUAAUCACAAAUAACAAUUUGAAAAUUAUGUAUUGCGGUUCUGGGACUUAAACUAUUGUUUGUUUCAUACUAAGGCCCCCAAUAGCUGAAUACCCAUAAUUAUUUAACUUCGAAUUUUAUACGGCAAUAGCAUUUUCUCUGAUUUUGCCAUGAAAGCUCUGAUUCAUUGGUAGUUAUGACGUUGAGUCAAUAAUAAUUACAUUUCUGAAGCAUUGUUAUUUGUUAAAUUAGAUAUUGUUAAUCAAAUUGUACUUAAAUUUUGAAUACACUGACAUGUUAUUAAUCUUAAGCAAGUGUUUAGGAAACUCUAGUGCAGCUGUUACGCUUUAUGCGUUUCUUUGAAGAAACUUACCAAGAACCAAGCUGUCAAGAAACUGGGAAUGUGAGACCUAUAAAAAUAAUUUCUGGUAGGCUAAGAAUAACAAGAACCAUUAAUAAAGAAAAUAUGAUUUUAAAUUUAGUUGAUCAUAAUCCAACAGUUAGCUUACAGAAUGUGGCAAGACAAACAAAUAUGCCUUCUACAAGUAAUUGAAGGAUACUUACAGAGCAAUAGCUACAUCUUUAUCAUUACAGACAAGUCCAAGAGCUCUUGUCAUACGAUCGACCGGUUAGAGUGAAUUUUUGUCAAAAAUUUCAAGAAAGGACAGCCCACAAUCCAAAUUUUUUUAAAAUGAAUUCUUUUCACGAACGAGGCCACUUUUACGCGACAAGGUAUGUUCAACUCCCAUAAUGCACCCUACUGGGGUGCUGGGAAUUCACAUGUUAAAAGGGUAUCAAAUUACCAACACUAUUUUAAAGUUAAUGUUUGGGUAGUAGCUUUGGGUAAAAAAUUAAUAGGUUAUCAUCACAUUCUACCUGGAAAUUUAAAUGGUGAUAUGUACCUAUAUUUUUUAAAAUAUAUCUUCACAUAGUUUUUUAGGUUUAAAAAUUGAAAUUUUGGUAUCUUGCAAACAUUCAGUGUUCGUGAAAAUAUUGUUCGGUGCAGUUCGGGGUGGUUAGGUUAGGCUAAGUUAGGUUAGAAUAGGUUCUUCGUAUUCAGAAAGAAUUAACGCAUUUUUUAAAGAAAUUUUGCCAAUAUAUCCUCUAGAAAUUGAUGACUGAUACCCCUAACCUAACCUAAUACCCUGGCGUUACGAAAAUGUUUUACUGAGCAAACCCGGAAUAUUUUUCAGUUUUCUAUCUAUCCUAGAAAUGGGAUCACCUUUUUUAUGAAACACCCUGUAUCAUUCAAUAUAAUUUAAAAACUUGAAUUCAUAGUUAUAUAUACCAGGUAUUUUUUAAUAACCAUCACCAAACUUAUGUUGUGCUUAUCUAAUGCUAGUUUUAAAUUUCAAGAAAACACAAAAUAUGGACUUACAGUAACUUUUUUUAAGGUGUAUUUCAUGUGAUUUUAAAGUUUCAUUAGGUAUUUGUUAUAUGUUUUGUACAGACCUAUAUAAUUGUAUGCUUCUAUAUAUUUUUACCAUAUUUUAUAAUAUUAAAUAUUUGGUAAGUAGUAUUGUUCUUUGUUUUUUAUAUGUAAAUACAAUAAACGAUAAUAAAAUAAA